AUGGAUAAAGACAAGGAACAACCAACGUCUACCAGCAGUCAGGGAAGCAUAAGCUCCCGAAGUUCACAGCAAGGUGCACCAAAUCCGUACAAAAAAGACUUGCACACGUACUCGCGUCCAGUUGGACACGAGCGGAACACUCGAGCGCCCAAGGCAUUCGAGAAGAAGGAUUCGCGAGGCUCUGAUAGUACCUAUCAGAAGGCGCUCGAGGCGGUCGCCAAUCAGGAAAGUUCCAGCGACGACCAGAAGUACACUCCCGCAUCUACGACGGGAAGUGAACCGAUGAACCAGACAAAGGUCGCUGGGGAGGACAGAACCACAGAAAAGACAGCGGAAGCAGAGGGAGCAUCCCAAUUGGAUGCUACCAUCAGUGGAACGAAUGAGCAGGAUAAAAAUGUAAACCUGGCUCAAGCGGAAUGGGAAAAGACAAAGGUCACCGAAGAGGAACUUGCUGAACUGAGACUGGAUGACCUUACACUCAAUGACAGGACUAAUGGUGAUGACCUUUGGGCAACCCCAAUGGUGUCAGAUGAAUCAAACGAGUCGUAUUAUACGGAUGACGAAACGACGAUUAAUACGUCGUUCCGGACUGCCAUGAAGGAAGCGGACCGAGCAGAAGGGAUGACCUCGUUUACGGACAUACCUGAACACUUAAUUGAACGGACACAGACUGGAAAGGUCAUCAAUGUUCGAUCACCAUCACCGAAUAGCCCGACAACGACUCUGAGGAAACGUGUGAGCGAAUUGGAAAACGAACUUGAAAGCAAUGAGCGCCAGGCGGAUAAGCGGAAACAGGAAUAUCGAGAAAGACUGACGACACUUGAGACCCGUCUCUUCGAUUUGGAACAGCAACUGGAUGACCUCCAAAGUGCUGCAGACGGUUGGAAAGUGAAAUACGAAAAACAAAGGGAGAUGGCAGAAGAAUAUUUGAAAAUGGUAGAUGACAGAGAAAUGGAAGGUCACCUCGCAGUCAAUGACCUUAACGAAAGUAUGUCGGAAGAAUCAGCGGAAAGGUCACGACACUUAGUCGAACUGAAGGAUGAAUGUGACCAGUUACGACAAAAGGUCACCGAAGCCGAAGCUAAAAGAGACGAAUACGCGGGUAACUUCGCAGAGGUUACCCAACGAUUGUCGAAGCUGGCAGCUGAAACGUUUAAGCUAAGAAACGAACUGAAGUCACGUGACGAAGCCAUCAGCAUCCUGCAGAAUGAGUCGAAAGGUCACCAGAGACGCGCCGACGAGGCGGAAGAGAAAAGAGGGGAAGCAGCCAAAGUGGCACGAGACUUGAGAGAUCUCGUAGCCACCGAAGGGGAACGACUUAAGGAUGAGAUCAAAAAGGUCACUGAGGAAAAUAAAAAGGUCACCGAGGACUGCCAAAAAGCCGCAAAGGAAAAUCUUAAGUGGCAAAAUGAAGCACGCAGAUUGGAUACAAUGGUUACAGUAUUGGAACUGAAAGAAAAAGAAUGGCAACAACAGAUGACCCAACAGAAACAGGAAAACGUAAAGGUCACCAAUGAACUUUAUGAAAUGACAAGAACAGUGAUGAAUAAAGACGAUGAAGUGACCGAAGUCAGGACCCAGCUGAAAUCGGCCGCUGAGGAAUACCAGAAACUCGAGCGGGAGGUGACUCAACUGGCUGAACACAUCAACAAGAUGGAACAGGAAAACGAAAAGGUCAUGAAGGAAAAAACCUUCCAAUUACAUGACCAUACGCAGAAGGUUAAACAGGAAAACACCGAACUGAGGAGAGAGAGGGAGGAGCUCACCCUAAGGAACAGACGCCUGGAGGACGAGAACAAAGCACUCCAAACGUCAGUCAAGCAUAAGGACGAACAACUCCUGCAAUAUGGAGUGAAGACCGCAACAGUGGAAUCACCGCCGCCCAGUUACACCAGCGCCGUAAAAGGUCCGGCCAAGGGCUGGUUCGAAGGAGAAAAGGACAUAGCAUCAGAAGACGGAAUCGAGUACACGGUAAAAGAAUGGAUGGAUAAAUUCAAAGACGAAUAUGGUGAUCGAGACGAAGAAGUCCUAGGCUUACGUGAGGCCUAUGCAAGGAAAUUCGAACUUGGAAAAGAAUCGCUCGACCAGUACUACCAAGCGAUGAUGCGAUUCAAAGCAAAGAGAAUCAUCACUGAGAAGCAAGCAGUUGGCUUCUUAAUUGAGGGAUGCAAAGGAGACAAUGAACUCUAUAAGGCAUUGCGCAUACAAAAGUGUAAGACGCCGACCGAUGUAAAGGACUUUUUCCGACACUGGGCAACAGGAGAUGAAAAGUACAAGGCGCCAAAAGGUCAACGUAACCAGGAAUACGUGACUAUCCGCCAAGGCCAGGUGGAGAAUGUACCGCAACAGAGAAUGGUAGCUGCAUCAGCCCAGCAGCAAAUGGAAUUUCGCGCGGAAACCCCUGUAAGAGAGGUCACCAAAGAAGUGACCUUUAUCGACAGCCAGACGGGACAGCCAAUAACAUAUGCGAUGGUGGCGGCGAUACAAGCAGCGGCUCAAGUGAGACCUCCACCUCAGAAUGUGGCUCCACCGAAUGUGGUGAUACCGCGAAAGCGAACUUUCAACAGCAAGGAAAUGGCAAUUACGGAAAUGGAAACGGCGGCGGCGCCCAGAAUAACGGCGGCUACGGCCGUGGUGGCUACGGCCGCGGCGGCUUCAGAGCAAGGGGCAGAGGCUAUGGCCGCGGGAAUUACGGCGGUAAUCGAGGCGGCGGCAACGGAGGUGGCCAAGGAAACUACUACAAUGGUGGUGGUGGCGCCCAAAAUAAUGGCGGCGGCCAAAAUAACGGAGGCGGACGGAACGCCAACCAGGCAAACGAAAUCGGACAACAACAAGGAAAUGUGCAAGGCGCUCAACAAGGAGGUGCGCCAGUUCAGGGAAACGGGCAAGAUCAAAGAAGUGGCAAAAUGCAACAUUAAAGAUGCUUACGAAAAGAACGCAGAGAUAUACAACAAGAGGAAGUCAGAACCGAACUUCAAGGUGGGUGACCUUGUGUUGAUACGACUUCCGAAGGAUACGAAACAAGGAAAGAAAGAAAAUCAGUCGGACUUCAAGUCGAAAUACGAUAAAGUGUGGAAGAUCCUCAGUUUCCCGCGAACAAACGAAGCGGAGGUCAUUGAACAGAAUCCAAAGAAAGAGGCAGACCUGAAAGUGGUCUCAAUUGACCGGUUGAAGUUAUGGCACCCGCCAUUGCCGGACAAAGACGCAGAGCGUCAGUCCCAAAAAGCGACCUUUUUCGAACCACCUCUGCUACCCGAAAAGGAAAAGUCGGAAGAAGAUAAACUCAGUGAAGCCGAGCAUGCUCCGAAAAACGAUACCACGAAAGCCAUCGACGAGAGAAAGGUUAAACAGAAGAAAAAGAAACUGACUCCUACAGAAUUGUUGACCCAGAAAGGUGAAGUGGAAGAUGCGGCCGACAAAGAACUCCUCGAUCGGAUAACUAAAGGACGCAGAGAAAAUUAA